AUGGAACGGGUCGGCAAUGACUUGGAGACAUUUUUGAUGAACUUCUCGCACACAGAACAACCCUCCAUUGAGUACAAGACGUACAUGUCCAUCUACAAAGAUUGUACACGAAAAGACGUCACUAAAGUUGUGGAUGCACACUUCGCUUUUUUUAAAAAAGAGAGAGCACCAGAAACUCGCUUUGUACUUUCGCAGUUCAGAACUGUCGUUUUGACAAGUGACGUAUUUCUACAAAAACAACCCUCCUUCCAUUCAUCUGUUUUAGACAGACUCAUUGCAGUCUGGGUCAAGUCCAAAGAAAACGUGUUAAUAUCCGAUUUCCAAGCGACUAUUGAAGUCGUUAUAGCCAUAUUGCAUUCCGAGAGUGUUUUUUGUUCUAAAAUCUACCCUGUUCUCCACCAACAGUUUUGCGCCGAACAGCAAAACAAACGCAUUUCAGCACUUCAAAUAUUUUCCUUCGCUAUUACAAAGUGUUUGAGUUACCAUUUUUCCAACAACAUGGCUCUCCACAAAACAUUGGUAUAUUUACAGAAGAGUGGACACAAACAGAUGCCAGAACUGGUAUUUUUCUCGAUCAAAUUUCUCGAUGUGCUGGCCACGAAGUUGGUUUUGUCGCCAAAAUUUGUUUCUUUAAUUCCAAAUUAUCUCAACUUAAUUUCACAAUGUUUCAAACCCUCAACACCACUCAUCCUCCAACACACUGUUUUUAAUUCAUUGAGCGAGAUUAAAAACUCCGAUUCGGAUUUGUUUAGACUUAACACCCAAACCAUUGUCACAUUCAGUGUCACCAUUGCAGGUAACGAAAACUUCAGUUACUCCACGGUCGAAAAAGCCAUUUCGCUGAUUAUGUGUUGUAUCAACAUUUCUCCAAAACUUCUUGAAACGAACAAAACUCUCGGGCAACAGUUGUUAGAAAGCUACAUUCUCAUUAUGAAGAAAGUCCCCAAAUACACCGAGGAGUGGCUUUGUAAUAAAGACGAAGGGGAGGUUUGUCCCUUUUUAAAACUGCAUACAGACACGUUCGGCUUGGUGGUUGACAAGGUUGGUGUAUCUCAAGUCUUUUCAAAGUUGAAGAUGUUGGUAAAGAAUGCUUCGGGUUGGUCCGAUCGUCAGGUCAUUCUGCAAAUGAUCAACGGCAUAUUAAAUUCCAACGUUGUUCUUAAGAAGUACUACAAGGGUUUGGUGGAGAUAACAUUACCGAUGUGUACCGACGAAGUCGUGCGGAAUCGUCAGGACGCGAUGAUCAUCAUGCAGAGGAUCUUUCGAAACGAUUGCAACCACGAUGACUAUCUCUCCGAGUACAUAAGGGUUGGGUAUCUUGCUUUACAUGAUACUGUUGCUCGGAUGAAGCAAAGAGGAUGCAACCACCUCAUGUCCCUUUUGGAUUGUGAUGUUCCACUUACGGAUGAUUUGUUUUACAUCUUAAUAACCAAUAUUCUCGACGCUCUUCAAUCAACUCGUUCCGACAUUGUGAUUAAUGGAUGUAUGGAUGUUCUCACAAAAUUAUUAAAAUACAAAUUACUCAAAAACUGUAAUAGUUUAUUAAUGGUUACAAUUACUAACAUCAUGAGAGAGGCGGAACCGUGUCAUUCUUCAUGUACAAUAAGGUGCAUGAUUAUCAACUUUCUUGUGGUAUUUGCGUCUACAUACAAAUCACAAGAGGCUCAGUGUCAGGCAAUUUUGGUUGAAUCAAUGGAGUGGAUAUUAACUGUCAAGGGCGUUGAAUACUGGUCGCCGUGUUUUGAGAUUUUGGAAAUUGCCACAACAUACUUCAUGAAAAACUCAAAACGCAUCUCGUCAAAUAUGAUUGACAGAAUGAUUUGCAAUCUCGCACUCAUCGAGGCGGAACGAGCAAAAAUAAAGGAGCAGUUUUUUGAGGACGAUUACGAGCAAAGUGUGCUCUCAGAGUUCUCGUCGGACCCGAGCGAAUUACAUUCGCGGUGCAACGUUAUGACCGGCGAAAAUUUCAAAGUGUACGCUUCACGCGACAAAGAAAAGAAAAACAUGUUUAACUUUGUUGUAAAGUUUGUUAGAAAGAACGAGGCCAGAGUCAAGAAGUAUAUUUCCUCGUUUUUUAUGGUGAUGAUUAUUGGGUUGGAUAACGUUAAUGCCGACGCAAGAAUGCAGCCAAUAGCCGUUUUGGGGCAUUGGCUUGAUAAGUACUGGAAUGUAUGUCAAAACAAGCCUGAAGUUGUCAACGGGAUAGUCGCCAAUUGUAUGAUGCACAUGGGCCAAGAAGUAGCGGUAAAUGAGAGAAUACAAAUGAUCAAUUUGGUGACAAAAGCUCUUGAAAAGGGGCCGGAAAACAUUUUGACCGAAAAAACCGUUGAACAAGUGUUUGAUGAUAUUUAUUGUAUGUUGAACGAUAUGAUAGACGAGAAGGAAAAUGGGUUUAAGAAAUACACGGACUGUUUCAUUAAGAAAAUUCCAUUGGAAGAGUUUGUGUUGACCACACUCAUCCCGUUCUUCAAAAUGCUCUUUUUGAAGUGCAAUUUGUUGUACGCAAAGUACGCCAAAAAGACUAUAAAAUAUACAGUAAUGAACUAUUGCAAUUUGACAGAACAACCAGGGGCCUGUGAUUUGGAUCCGUUGAUGGUGUAUAUCGGAAGUAAUUUGUCCUUGGCAGAAAUUGUAGACCACGAAAUGCUGGGGAACUUUGUUAUUAAAGCGAUCGAGAAAACAAACGACGAACAAGCACUGAACGUAUACUUAACAACUUUGUCUGGUGUGUUGUACAAAUACACAAUGAAGAGUAUCUCUUAUGACAUGAAAGCAAAAUUGGAACAAAUUAUGGGCUCGAGAAAUGGAAAUCAGAAAAACAAAACGUAUGCGGCGGUUAUAUAUGGCAUCGCGAUGGUUGAUUGCUCGAGCAUUUUUACGAUUGAAAAUGCGUAUAUGUGGCUAUCACAACAACCCCUUGUCGACCAUCCAUGUCACAACCUCAAGGUGUUUUGUUUGCUUCUUCAAAAAACUUUUAUCACUUAUACGGAAAAGGUGUUAAAAAUCUUUUGCUCGAUGUUGGUGCGAUACCUUGUGCCUGAAAACAGAAAUCUUAUUUCAAAAGAUGUGUUACGUAUGGUGAAAGACACAUUCGACAAUUGGUCCACCACAAAUCCACAAAUGAUCUCCUCUGUGAUUAGUUCUCUUUCAUUACAAGACCAGUCGAAAAUCACCUCGCUGGAGAAUUGGUUGAAAUGA